AGGUGCCGCGCGCCCGCCCGCCCGCAGCUCGCCGCGCGUCGGGGGAGCCCGGCAGCCCUCGCGCCCCGCGCCCCGCGCCCCGCUCUCCAACCCGCGCCUGCUCCCGCCGCCGCGCCUGCGGCAGGCCGCGGGCCGCCCCCCGCUGUGGACUGGGCAGCAGCGCGGCCGCGGAGCCGGGCAGGGCUGGGGACAGCGCCUUUUGUCCCUGGAGGUUCCUGGAAGUUUGCGGCGGGACGCGUGCGGGGAGAGCGCGGAGGGAGCCCCGACGUCGCGGUCGCUAGUGCGCGGAGCCAGCAUGGGCAGCGGGCGCGGCCACGGGGGCCGCCGCUGGGCCGCCCUGGGCGUGCUGCUGGCGCUGGCCGCCGGGCUCCUGGCCGCGAGCUCGGCCAGCGAGUACGACUACGUGAGCUUCCAGUCGGACAUCGGCUCGUACCAGAGCGGGCGCUUCUACACCAAGCCGCCGCAGUGUGUGGACAUCCCAGUGGACCUGCGCCUGUGCCACAACGUGGGCUACAAGAAGAUGGUGCUGCCCAACCUGCUGGAGCACGAGACCAUGGCCGAGGUGAAGCAGCAGGCCAGCAGCUGGGUGCCCCUGCUCAACAAGAACUGCCACAUUGGCACCCAGGUCUUCCUCUGCUCCCUCUUCGCGCCUGUCUGCCUCGACCGGCCCAUCUACCCGUGCCGCUGGCUCUGCGAGGCCGUGCGCGACUCGUGCGAGCCGGUCAUGCAGUUCUUCGGUUUCUACUGGCCCGAGAUGCUCAAGUGUGACAAGUUCCCCGAGGGGGACGUCUGCAUAGCCAUGACCCCGCCCAAUGCCACCGAAGCCUCCAAGCCCCAAGGCACAACGGUGUGUCCUCCGUGUGACAACGAGUUGAAAUCUGAAGCCAUAAUUGAACAUCUUUGUGCGAGCGAGUUUGCACUGAGGAUGAAAAUCAAAGAAGUGAAAAAAGAAAAUGGUGACAAAAAGAUUGUCCCCAAGAAGAAGAAGCCCCUGAAGUUGGGGCCCAUCAAGAAGAAGGAAUUGAAGAAGCUCGUCCUGUACCUGAAGAAUGGGGCAGACUGCCCCUGCCACCAACUGGACAACCUCAGCCACCACUUCCUCAUCAUGGGCCGGAAGGUGAAGAGCCAGUACCUGCUGACGGCAAUCCACAAGUGGGACAAGAAAAACAAGGAGUUCAAAAACUUCAUGAAGAAAAUGAAAAAUCACGAAUGUCCCACUUUCCAGUCUGUCUUUAAGUGAUUCUCAUGGGGCAGGGUGGGGAGGGAGCCUUGGGUUGGGUGAGGGGUCGGGGCUGAACAGAUCACCCUGAACCAGGGCCUACACACUCACUGCUCCCCUGUUGGUGAAGUACGCUGUCAUCCAUUGCCUUAUUCCUGCAGCACCCCUCUCCCCCCCUCCAUAGCCAUGCUCCAGAACCCAGUAUAGCCAAUAUUUAAAGCCGCACGCCCAGGUAAGGAAAACCGUUUAGCUUAGGAAGCUCUUUAAGAUUUACAGUGUGGAACAAAAGCACAUUGCUAAGUAAAAGGAGGUGCAAAAACUUCAACCAGAGACACAGUCACUAAGUAAGAACAUAUUGCUAGUAAAAAGGGGGGCUUGGGCAAAAAAGUGAGAGACAGCAGCAAAAAACUCAGUUCUGCAACUUUCUUUGUGUGAUUACAUCAGCUGCAUCUACACCUUUGAAAGUGGAAAGUUCUAACUUGGUUAAUGCCAGAUCAUUUUCUCUUUCUACCAGCUUUAGAUGGUAACAGACACACGUCAUGUUUACAAAGUGAGAUCAAUUCCAGAAAGUAGUAGGUGCAGGAAGAAAAAGCACAAGUACAGGAUAAAACUGUGAAAACUAAGGCAACUUGUGACUGUCCUUUGAUGUGAUUCUCAGGCCCCAGGAGGUGCAGGUAGCGCUGCCUCAGCGUGUGAUGGAAUCUCUGGACAUGUGUGGGGUGCCACGUGCCUCCUCUGUGUGAGGGAAAGGAAACUGUGGGCUCCAAACCCAAGCCAUGAAAGAGACAAUGAUUUUCAGACUGAGAAGGCAAGUGGUUAGUGGUUUUCAAAGAACAUAGUUAAAGGAGAAAAAGGAAAAAAUUUACAACAGUGCAGGAAAUUGCUAGUCAGGGGAAUUGUAAUUGGGUGAAGAGCUUAGUAUUCUAAUUUCAUCUGUUCAUUUCACAUUGUUUUUAGUGAACAACAACAGAAACCCCUACUUUGAAAUGUCUUUUAGAAAACUCUACAUCGGGCAUUGGAAAGGGGUUCUAAGACCACUUGGGGCUAUUUUGGAGCAAUGUGACACUCUACUUGGCUUUUUCGGAGGGAAGUGGAUUGGCGAUCCUGCUUCCUGAGGAGUUCUGGGUUGCCUGAGACCCAACACCACACCUGUCGAAAUUCACAAUGCUCCCCCUUCUUUUCUCUCCUGAAGAGGUGGAUUCCUUUAAACUUGACUGCCCAUAGAUCAAAGAAAAUCAGAACAGCCUGCUUGCCUUUCCUCCUGUACUUAAAAAAAUUUUUUUUUUCUUCUGCACAGGAACAGUAAGGCUACAAAUGUCCCCAUCCAAGGAGAGAGUUUCAAAGGCAGUUUUGCAGUUUUUUCCUGAAUGCUCUAAGUUAUUUCUCAAAGCCCUUGUGUUUAAUAAGUGACGUACAUAAACUUGUUCACUUAUGCACCUCUAUUCGUCUUGUUCAACGUGUAGGAAGUAAUGCUAAAAAAAUCACUGUUAUCCAUAACCCCCACCUCCCCAGCCUGAUUCUUAAUUCUCUUUAACAUCUUGUGGACUUUAAUGAUUGUCCCUCUGAGCGAAUGUUUAUACCCAGUGCGACUGCAGUGAGGCUGGAACAUGCCCCCAUCCCCUGCCAGUGACCCUGGCCUGACACAGAAACGGUGGAAGCUUCUGUUAACUUCCAAAGACUCCAGUCUCAAAAUCAGCCUGCCAACUUCAUUACCUACCUGAGGGUUGUCCUGCUUUAAUUAACAUCUCACAAUCAGUGAUUCCAUCAUUUUGACAAUUUUAUUUGGUUCUCGUUGACUGUUACUCAAAAAAUUUUUGGGGAAUCUUACGUGAUUUGCUAUAAUUUUGGAUGAUUUAAAAAGUGUGUACAUAUAUAUUAGUUAAUUAGAAAUAUUCGUUCCUAUUGUCAACUGAAAUUCAGAGCCAUUUCCUGAGCGCGAGGGUCUCAGACUUAGUUUUGGUUGAUUAACUCAAGAGUUCAGUGCUCUAUGUAUCUGCUUGUUUUGACAGAGUGAGUCAGAGAGGAAGGCCCUCUGUCCAAGCAGGGCCUCAGGAGGAGUAUUUAUGAGGGGUAUUAGCUGUUACUGUAGGCAGACUAUCGAAAAAUAGAGGUGGCCAUGCUAUGCAACUAUCUACAUGGGAAUUCUCAGGUGGGAAGCACAUUUUCAGAAAGAAUUCAAAAUAAAGUAGAAAUGUGAAUUGCAGCGACUGGUCUUAUCCCAACUACAGAGUCCCUGGACUUUGAGCUCCACUGUGGACUUGAGACCAACACUAGCAUUGUCCACAACAUAUCAGUGAUUUCAGGGUGCCAAGGGAGGCUAUGGGCCUAAAGCUGCAUUUUUAAAACUCUUUGUUGUUCUCAACAAAGGAUAUAAGAAAACCAAUGUGCAGACUCAUUGGCUUGGUCAUUGGUUUCAAAAGAGGAGGUCUGUAUGUGAUUCGGGAAUUAUUACUAGUGCAAAGGUAGGAUUUGUAAAGAUUUAAAAUAAUCAUUCUGGGAGACUCCUGAGAGGUUACUGGCAGAACUCAUAUAACUCUUUGAAGAGCAUUAGAAAUUACCUUAGAAGAGUGAGGUGGGAGUUCCAAGAACACUUUUUUUUUUUUUUUUUUUUUACAGUACCCUGUGUCACACUUGGCUCUUGGUGUCUGUGAAUUAGCACCAAGGUCUCCCUCAAGCAGAAUCCAAUCCAAGCACCAAUUUUCAUUUGGAUCCAUAAUCCUGGAAAUCCCUCUGCCCAAAGCUACCAUCUGUUUUUCUCAUCAGACUGCAAGUAACCGGUUGCUUGUAACUUCCUAGAUGUGGUGGCUCAUAUGAUCUGUUCUAGAAUGCAUCCUAGGCAGCUCCCAUGGACUCGUGUACUGGCCCUUUGACCUGUCACCAGCAGAUACAGAGGACACAGACGAAACUCAUUUCCCCUAGCUCCUCCAUGUAGCUCUCUUCUUUUAGAGUCUAAAUCUUUUACAAAAGCUUUGAAUACUGUGAAAAUGUUUUACAUUCCAUUUCAUUUGUUUUUUUUUAACUGCAUUUUACCAGAUGUUUUGAUGUUAUCACUUAUGUUAAUAGUAAUUCCCGUAUGUGUUCAUUUUAUUUUCAUGCUUUUUCUGCCAUGUAUCAAUAUUCAUUUGACUAAAAUCACUCAAUUAAUCAAUGAUAAUGUGAGUU